CUUCUUUUUUGAUUAAAAAAAAAUUGGCUGGAAGUAGACGUUUCCUCGUUUUUCAUCUGUUUCUUUCUUCUGACACACUGAUAGAGUUCUUAACACCUCUUCCAGUCUCUCUCUCUCUGAAAGGUUCGUUGUUCUUCAUCAAACGAGCCUGGAUCUAAUGAUUUGAAAAGGAGGGUCAAAUCACUCAAGUUCUCUCUCUUGUUUUGAUCUAUUCUCAGCGGGAGAGCUGCAAACUACUGAACCUGACAAGCGAGACCCUUCCAAACCAAAGUGAAGAGUGAGUGAUACUGAUGCAUACAUCGAUUGAAUAAAUAGACAGAAGAAGAUGAAGCACGUGCACUCUGAUUUCCAUCAUACCAGGUGUUCUCUAGGAUCAAGAUGCUGAUCGGAGCUCGCCUAGAAAUCUGAAGAAUUCAGACUGUAUGUUGAGCAACAAGAUGGGCUGAAAUCAAUGACCCAGAAUGAUAUUUUGGUUGAUCGGUAGGACGAUAUUUUACCUGGAAAGAGAGUUCAUAUAGGGAGUGAAGAAAGAGGAGAGAAAGAGAGAAGAGUUGUGAGAAUUUGGGUUAGUUGUUAAGCCUAACGUAGUCUCUUUUUAGUGGUAUAAGAUAGUCAUCAAAUCAAUGGCGACGUACUUUCACGGAACUUCGGAAAUCCAAGCUGACGGGUUGCAGACGCUUUAUCUGAUGAACCCUGGCUAUGUCGGAUACUCUGACACACAGCCUCCGUCUAACAUGGUCUUCCUCAAUUCCGCCGGAAACACUUUAAAUCCGGCAAGCUUAUCACACGCGGCACAGACGAGCCAACACUUGGUGGGAAUCCCACUUCAGGCGACGGCUGUGGCUGCCGGGGCGGCAGCAGCAUCGCAAGAUCCUAACCGCCCAUCAGUGCACAGCCAGCAGGACAUGUCCACCAUCCAUGGGUUUGUUCCUCGUGUUCACUACAAUCUGUGGACGCCAAUGGAUCCGACGGCCGGAGCUGGAAGUCCACAGGCUCACCACCAGCACCAAAUUUCCACAACAGCAGCUGCGGCGGCGGCAGUGAGCAAUUCUGUCGGUGUUACCGACGUUUCAUCACAAUUGGGUCUCAGGCGGUCUGUUGUGUCACCGACUCAGCAAGGACUGUCUCUCAGCCUUUCUUCUCAUCAGCAGACAGCUUAUGGGUCAUACAGGCAAGAAUCUGACAUUCCGGCACCAGCUCCAGCUCCGGCUAUAUCUCCGACCAGCGGCAACGAGAUGCGUAUAUCAGGCGGCUCUUCCUCAUCAGCAUCGGCAGUUUCCAAUGGAAUUUCUGGCAUGCAGAGUGUUCUAUUGGGUUCCAAGUACUUGAAGGCUGCACAGCAGCUCCUCGACGAAGUCGUUAAUGUCGGGAAGGGAAUCAAGACUGAAUCGGCGAAAGGCAGCAAAGGACUUAGCAAAUUGAGCAGGGACUCAAAUGCUGGGAGCGGAGAAGUCUCGAAUGCAGGCGAAACCAGCACGAAGCCCGCAGUCGAGUUCACAACAGCAGAAAGACAGGAGCUUCAGAUGAGGAAGGCCAAGCUUGUCAGUAUGCUUGAUGAGGUGGAGCAACGGUACAGACAGUACCAUCACCAGAUGCAGAUCGUAGUGUCUGCAUUCGAACAAGCAGCAGGCUUCGGGUCAGCAAAAACGUACACGGCCCUUGCUCUGCAGACGAUUUCAAAGCAAUUCAGGUGUCUGAAAGAUGCAAUCUCUGGGCAAAUUCGAGCCACAAGCAAGAGCCUGGGUGAAGAAGAUUGCUUUGGAGGGAAGUCUGAGGGAUCAAGACUCAGGUUCGUAGAUCAGCAGCUUCGACAACAACGGGCGCUUCAGCAAAUUGGAAUGAUCCAGCACAAUGCUUGGAGACCUCAGAGAGGAUUGCCCGAAAGAUCCGUUUCUGUUCUUCGUGCUUGGCUCUUCGAACACUUCCUCCACCCCUAUCCCAAGGAUUCAGACAAGCACAUGCUUGCAAAACAAACAGGGCUUUCCAGGGGCCAGGUCUCUAACUGGUUCAUAAAUGCUCGAGUUCGGCUCUGGAAGCCAAUGGUUGAAGAGAUGUAUUUGGAAGAAACCAAGGACCAAGAACAGAAUGGCUCAGAGGAUAAAACCAGCAGGAGUGAAGUCAAUGAGGAUUCAGGGUCGAAAUCCAAUGCUGCACAAGAGAACAGUCCUGCUAGAACAGAUCAAAUAAAAAAUUUCAGCUCCAAACAAGACAACACCACCAACCUAAACGCCAUUUCUACCGCCAUUUCAAAUUCUUCAACUUCUGCUAUCAUGGGCGGAAACAUACGGACCCAAGCUGGCUUCUCCCUCAUUGGGUCAUCAGACGUUGAAGGGUUCAUGCAAGGAACCAGCCCCAAGAAGCUCCGGAGUACAGAGUUGCAGCAGAAUUCCCCAAGUAGUAUUCCUUCCAUGGACACAGAUGUCAAGCCUGCAGACACAAACAGAGAUCUCUUCACAAAAUUUGACACAGGCAGACAGAGCAGAGGUGGGUACCCAUUAAUAACGAACACGACCAACCAUGGUGGAGCAUUCAGUGCGUACUCACUUGGGGAGCUUGGCAGGUUCGACCCUGAGCAAUUCGCACCAAGAUUCUCUGGCAAUGGAGUUUCCCUCACUCUUGGCCUUCCCCACUGUGAAAACCUCUCCCUAUCAGGAACCCAACAGACCUACCUCUCCAACCAGAACAUUCAACUGGGAAGGAGGCUAGAGAUAGGUGGAGGUGAACCCAAUGACUUCUGUGGGAUGAGUUCUCCACCACCCCACUCCUCUGCUGCUUAUGAGAACAUGAACAUCCAGAAUGGAAAGAGGUUUGCAGCACAGUUAUUGCCAGACUUUGUGGCUUGAUGGGUUCACACAUCCUUCACACUUGUCCAAUCUCUCAUUUUACUUCUGCCAUUGCUGCUCAAUUGAUGGGUACUUCCAAUGGAGAAAGAGAAGGAGAUUAUAUUCGUCUCCCAUCUCAGGUUAAUCCACACUAUUGCAUCUCUUUCCUUCCCCUCUUCAGUGAGGAAGAUAAGGGUUUUGCAGGCCUUAGUACUACUGUAAAGAAAGAAAGAAAAAUUAAUACAGGUUUAUACUUGGGGAGAGCCAUUGGAGUUUCUUGAUAGCUUAGACACUCAGGUUAUAAGGUUGGGGAUUGUAUAUUAUUUUUAUACAUUUUGGAAGAUAGAUAGAUAGAUAGAUAGAUAAAUAGAUAUCAUGGAUAUGCAAGUUAGUUAUUUGGGUAUACAAAUAUAUAUAUUUCUGUAUGAUUUACUUUGGUUCUUGUGUGUAAUUGUAAUCCAUCAAUCACAUUUAUAAGCUGGGAGGACCAAGGAAGUGAAUUUUAUAUCUAUUCAUGCAUGGAAAUUUGCAA